GCUUACAUUGUCUUGAUCGACGAGACGCUUUGCACUAAAAAAGCACAACAAAAUCGUCUGCAGGCUAAGUGCAAAGGCGUUGUUUUCUGCAUAAUCGGAAUGUCUUGCUGAACAACAUUCACACAAUGUUUAAGGCACUUUAUGACUACAAUUCGAGUAAUUCAAAAUAUCUGAGCUUUAAGGCAGGUGAUCAAUUUACGAUUCUCAAUUCAAAUCAUGUGGAUUGGUUUCUUGCACAGAACGGAUUUGGAGAGGUUGGUUACAUUCCCAGAAACUACAUUACACACGAAGAUGUUGCAUUUUCUGAAGUCUUAGAAUCCAUUGAUAGAGCAAUACAGGCUAUUCACUACCAGACAAGUGCAGACAAGUGUACAAAUACGCCACAACUCCGACAGAACCUCCAAAAGUUAACUCAGCAUAGACAAGUUGUAGUAGAGGAAUACAACCAGAGAUCAACAUCAGCAAUUCAGAUAACACAGAACUCCAGGCAGAAGAACAGUGAGACGCCUGCAGGCACAAGUCAAGUGCCUAGCCAGAACAAGUCAAGUCGAACAUCAUCUCAAAAGAGCUUCCAGUCCAAUGGCGAUAGAUCAGACCCUUCCUCUCCCACUUCAAGUACAGACAAAAGAUCUUCAGUACGAAGGAAGGCGCCCUCUCCACCACACCUCUCUGUCACUGGAAUCACACCUACAGGGGCCCAGCCAGGGGAAAUCUCAACUACAGGGGCUCAGCUAGGGGAAAUUACAACUACAGGAGCCCAUCUAGAGGAAAUCUCAACUACAGGAGCCCAGCCAGGUGAAAUUACAAAUACAGGAGCCCAACCAGGAGAAAGCACAACAUCUGAUGUCAGUUCUUAUAUUCCUGAAGGGUCACAAGAGGGAACCCUGAGCUCGGGGUCAGUUGCAGAGCAGGGCACCAGUGAUAAUAUAGAUGGUGGUGAGGCAGGUGUGGCAUCGAUACAGGGCAGUCAGACCACUAGUAUAAGCUGUUUGACUGUGGACACUUCUCCCUCCUCACCAAGCAGACAUGUGCUUUCACCAGGCAAAAGUCAAAGAUCUUUCCCAAACAGUCCAAGUCGACAGUUUGAUUCCCCUUCUGUCAUCAAUGUGUCUAGUGUGCCAAUCCCUUCCCAUCUUGGGGCAGGGCUAGCAGAGGAGGUGAGGCGCCAUACAGGGCUCAGUUACGAUAAGUCAUGUCUGGCUGUGGAAGUGGUGCUAAGUCAUGUGGGCAGUAUGAUUCCUCAAGUGGCCUUACUCAUGGAAAAGGUCCUCUUCACUUUCACCGAGAACAGUGACAUGUCUGAUGAAGAGUCUGGUCAUGACUCCACCCGCCUCCAGCACCUGUUCACAGAGUUAGUGGCCUGUAAAGAUGACUCGCAGCAGAGGAGCUGGGCUCUACACAAGGAUCAACAGACCAUUCAGGGCUACCUGGAAGAACUUCUUUCUAUACUU